UGAUGACGUCACCCCCUUUCCCCGUAAUAACAGUUGAAGGAAACCGGAGUUGCAGGUGUCGGUGCUGGCUAAACUAAGAUGUUACCCUUAUCCAUUAAAGAUGACGAAUACAAACCUGCAAAGUUUAAUCUAUUCCUCAAACUCUCUGGAUGGUUCAGAUCAAUUCUGGCUGACAAGACAUCGCGGAAUUUAUUUUUCUUCCUGUGCCUGAAUUUGUCCUUUGCCUUUGUGGAGUUAACGUACGGCAUUUGGAGUAACAGUUUAGGGCUGAUAUCAGAUUCCUUUCACAUGUUUUUCGACUGCACAGCACUCCUGGCAGGUCUUGCAGCAUCGGUAAUUUCACGGUGGAGGUCCAACGACUCCUUCUCAUACGGUUAUGUGAGAGCAGAAGUGCUGGCAGGUUUCGUCAACGGUCUCUUCCUCAUCUUCACUGCUUUUUUUAUCUUCUCAGAAGGAGUGGAGAGAGCGUUAGAACCUCCAGAUGUGCAUCAUGAACGCUUGCUGCCCGUGUCCAUUGCAGGGCUCCUCGUCAACCUCGUCGGCAUCUUUGUGUUCCAGCACGGAGGACAUGGACACUCUCAUGGUGAAGAAGGUCAUGGGCACAGCCACUCUCUUUUUAACGGCAGUGUGGGACACGGACACGGCCACGGGGGACACGAACAUAGCCAUGGGGGACACGGGCACAGCCAUGAUUCUAAACACGGGCACAGUCAUGGGCAUGGUCAUGAUCAUGGUCAUGAUCAUGGACACGAUCAUGGACAUGGCCAUUCACAUGAGGAGCCUCACUGCCACGAUGAUCACUUUCACAGGCCAGAAAAGGGCUCCAGCAAACAGAUCUUACAAGGAGUUUUUCUCCACAUCGUCGCCGAUACAUUGGGAAGCAUCGGCGUCAUCAUCUCAGCCUUCCUGAUGCAGAAGUAUGACUUGAUGAUCGCUGAUCCGAUCUGCUCCAUGCUCAUCGCCCUUCUCAUAGGCAUCAGUGUGGUUCCUCUGCUGAGGGAAUCCAUUGGGAUCCUGAUGCAGCGGACUCCACCUGCCCUCGAUCAAACCCUUCCUGAGUGCUACCAGAGAGUGCAGCAGCUGCAGGGUGUGUAUAACUUGCAGGAGCCGCACUUCUGGACAUUGUGCACUGAUGUCUACAUCGGCACGCUGAAACUCCUCGUGGCUCCGGACGCCGAUUCCCGAUGGAUUCUCAGCCAGACGCACAACAUCUUCACACAGGCGGGAGUAAGGCAGCUGUACGUUCAGAUCGAUGUGGCGGCCAUGUAGGAGUUAAACUGAUUCAGGAGUCCUGGGACCAAUGCCCUCCGUGCUGCUACAUGAAGCUCAUCACCAAACCCUGCCUCCUUUUAAUGCCCCAUCUCUUAAUUUCUUUGGGUUUCCCGAUGCCGUCAUCACUCAGUUGGACCAAUCUGGAACGGCCACAGUGCAGUACAGUACGGUACAUUGACUCUUUCUAGGAAAACCAAACAACAUGAAGACUACACUGUGGCCCCUGGUAAACAGCUGUCCAUGUUAGCUUUUUUUUUUUUUUUUUUUUUUUUUAAAAUAUCCCUGAAAGACUUUUGUCUGUAUUUGGUGUCUCGUUCUCAUUACGGUCAGAAUGAGGUUUUAAUGUUAUGUUUGUGUAAGAAGGAAAAGCCUCUAACAGUAUGUGAAGUGAAUCAUCGCUAGUAUUUUCUCUAUGGUCUGAUGUCUUUGCAGCUGCAGACGUCGGUCACUCGUGUUGUCCCGCACUUCAAUUCAGCAUCAUGCUUUGAUCUCUUAAGUGCCUUCCCCCCCAGUGCAUCUCUCGGACAAUAUCCCACACCUCUCCUUCAUUCAAUAUCUGGAAAAUCAUGGGUUAUUCCUGUAGGUUCAUUCUAGUUUUAACAUUCCUUUGCCUUUUUUUACUGCAUGGUGUUCUCUAAUUGUUUGAAUCACUGAUUGUUUCUCAGAUCUCCACUCUAGUAAAACUGGAUGAAACACCAGCUUUAUUCAGCCAUAAAUGGAUCUGAUGAGCCACUUAAAUGUGAGAAGUCCAUAAUUUAAUUGCCCAUAUGGAUUUUUUUUAAAAAGAAAAAAAAAAACUCUGUGCCACAGGCCAGUACAUUUGUGCAAUUCAAUAAAUUAUAUUGCCAUUUAAUUUGUACUUUUUUUUUUGCAUUUGAUUGAAUAAAAUCACGAAUAAUCAUA